AUGUUCUGCCAUGUUUCGCGACCUGAAUUUUGCACCGUGCGCCUCUCGCCCUGUCGAUGAGGAUUCAUUAUACUGCCCUACCGACAUCCAUACAUGCCGAUCGACCGUAUUAAUAGCUCUCGAUAUAGUCAACGGAAGGUUGAGCACGCUGGGUACUGUCUCAAGCGGCGAUAACUGGACUCGGCGUCGCCUUGGCGUCUGACGCGGCGUGGAGGGGUGAGGCAGAGGUGGCGCGCGGCGUGAGGGUGCGAGAGGAGGCGCCGCGGCAGCACCUGGCAGUUGUAGCGGGCACCUGGCAGUUGUAGCGGGCACCUGGCAGCGGGCAGCGGGCAGGCAUGGGGGGCGAGAGCGACCGCACUGCCAAGGUGCAGGAGCGGUUGGCGCAGAGAGUGAAGGAUGGGGAGUUCUACGAGGCACAGCAGCUCUACAAGAGCCUCGCCUCCAGGUACUCCUCUCAGUUCAAGUACGACGACGCCAUGGCGCUGCUGGAGGGCGGGGCGUGCGUGCAGCUGCAACACGGGCAGCUCACCAGUGGCGUGGAGCUGGCCUUGCUGCUGGCGGACAUGCUCACGGCCACUGAGACGCCGUGCUGGGAGGACUCCCUGGCGCGAGUCACUGCCGUCUACAGCAGUUUCCCUCGCUCACUCGCCCCGUCCGGUUUGCUCUCUGGUGAAUCCGAGGAGGCUGCCAGACUCAGAGUGGACGGCUGCAAGCGAUUCCUGAGAGCUGCACUUAAGUGGUCCGCCAAGUUCCCCGAGAUGCUCUCAGCGCCCUCCAGCCCCCAGGCCCACUUAAAGCCCUCCUCGCCCUCCCCCUCCUCCUCCUCCUCGCUCGCCUCCCUGGGCGCGCCAGCCAUCCACCUGAUGCUGGCGCAGUACCUCUCCUCGCAGCUGCCUCCUCAAAAAAGGGACUACGCCAUGGCUUUCUUCCACUUUGUGUACUCCGACGACCCCACCCCCUUCGCCCUCGCCAUUGCAGCCUAUGCGCACCAGUGCUAUGGCAGCGAGAGGGAUCUAGUCAUCGCCCGGGCUGUGCUCCAAUGCCUGGCAGCGGGGCGAUUGCAGCAGGCCAAGCAGCUUGCAGAGGCGCUCAAGAAGCAGCAGGCGAGCAUAUGGGCUCACCAUGCUCCUGCUGCUGCUGCUGAUGCUGCUGCUGCUGCUGCUGCUGCUGCUGCUGCUGCUGAUGCUGAUGUGACCACCGGUGCUGCGACUGGUGGUGGUGGCAGUGCUGCUAGCACUGCUGCUGAGCUAGGUGCUGCUGAUGCCACGACCACCGCGUCGACCAGAUGGCAGGCCUCUCCCCUCCUGUGCUUCAUCGACCUCCUCCUCACCGCAGCUGAUCGCAGGGCGCCAUCCCUCUUGGCCCACCUGCGCAGGAGCUACGAGCCGUCCAUCCAGCGAGACCCCACCUUCCCUCCCCUGAUGGACGACAUUGCCUUCCGCCUCUUUGGAGUGCCGCGGCCAGCAGCAGCGCCCAACUUCCUGACUGACAUGCUUAAGCUGGUGAUGGGGGAGGAGACGCCAGCCUAAGCACCGGGCAGCACGGAGCACCGCUUGCAGGAUGGGUUCCUUCCUCCUCACACAGGCCGCUACAGAGUGCCUUUUCUUCCUCGCAGUGGUUCCAUCACUCACAGCGUGCUCCUACAGCCUCGAAUCAGACUACCGUAUUCCCCCGUAUAAAGCACCCUUGGGUGGUAACCAAAAUGCCUCUAAAUUUUGAGGGGGGUGUAAUUAGUGGCUAAUUUUGUAUAACGCCUGGGUGUUGUGGAUCAUGCGUAUGUGAUAUUGUUUUUCCUAAACAAAAUGCACUGUCGUACUCUGCUGUAUUUGGUUUUU